AUGUCUAAUGACUUAGGAGUUUAGAAAAAAAAACAUAAAUACAUUGAUUCUGAAGAGGAAGAGCAAUAGCAAUAAUAGCCUGUGUAAUAACCAUAAGAAUAAUCUCCAAUUGCAUAAACAAUCACAGUUGAUAAUCAGAAAUGGAAAUACUUAUUUGAACCUGAUUCUUCUGAGUAAUAGGAAGAAAAGAAAGUUAAAAAAAUUCCGAAUCCAUAAAUCACCAAAUAAAAAUAGCCUGAACAAAGAGUUAAGUAAAUUAAAUCAAAUCCUGACACAGAUGAUUUGAGAUAUGAAAUUUUGACUAGAUGGUGGUAUUGCUUUGAUUAAUGGCCACCUUCCGAUUUUGAUUAUGAAGAAGCCUUGAACAAAUAUAAAUUAAGGAAGGUUGAUUUGUCAGUUUUUAAAAGGGAAUCUGAGAUGAAUGGUCAAGGCUUUAGAAAGGUUUAUGAAGUUAAUGGAUAUAAAGGUGUAUUUAGGACUUCUGCUGGUGAUACUCUAGAUCUUAGACCAAAGGAGGGUUGUCCAUCCUUUGAAUAAAUCUCAAAGAUUAAUUCAAAAAACUUGCCCAAAAUAUUAAUAAAAGGCUUGAAAGCUUAAUUGGAAGACUUAAUUAAGUAUGAGCCUAACAAUAAAUAAUUAAAAAAAAAUUUAGAACACUAAUUAGCAUAAAUUUAAAAUUAAUAUCGAAAAUAGAUGGAGUGA